GGACAACAACGUUAUCGUUUUUAUUACAAUUGAAUUGCAAUGUACGUUUGACAGAGUGUUAUGUUGGAAUAGAUCACAAUAAUUUAAAAAAGAUUAAGCUUUUCACCAGUAUUAUUGGAUUGUGAAGAUCUGGAAAAGGAUUUGAAAUGAAAGAAAAAUGCGCUUUAAAUGGAACCAUAGAAAAUACUAAUGAAGAGGGAAGAAAUAUUACCCAUACAAGAAGUGAAGAGGAACAGCAAACUGAUACAAUAAACAAUCCUGUUCAGGAAAAUGAUGAAAAUCAAGAUUUGCCAAAAGGAAAUAAUGCACAAAAUGAAGAAGACACUGAUGAAUUCCUUGAGGAGGGCAGAGAUAUCUCAGAGAGUGCUUCGAGUUUUGAUGAAAGUUCAUCAUCUCCACAUCAUCAUCCAGUCAAGACACGAACAAUGUCAGAGUCACAUCAAGAUUUGAUGCUUAGUAAAAGCCGAGGCAUUUUGAAAAUUGGUCGCAGUUUGUCAGAGUCCAGUGUAGACGAUUACGCUUCUUGGUCACCAGAAAAACUGGAGAAAACGAAGAAGACUGUCCGAUUCAGUGAAGUUAUAUCAAAGCAUUCUUUCAGAAUGAAUUCCAGCAUUCUUGGCCAGCGAAAAAAGAAUCAGCGGAAAAUGAGAAAUAAAAAACGGUCUCUGGAGAGAAGAUUGAGUGAAAGCGGGAAUGAUUCAGAAGGAGAAAGUGAUGUACCUUUUAUUAAAGGAAAUUACUUGAAUAAUAAAGAAUGUGAUAUUUGGCUCGCCGAACCUGACUCCAGUUCAUGUGAUGUAUCAGAAGUAUCAGAUAUUUCUGAAUCAGAUGAUGGCCAAAAAGAAGAUGUUAAACCUAUGCCAUGUUCUAGUAAGAGAAACCAUAAAAGAAGAGGUAAAAAGUCAGCUCGAAAAAAUGCAGCAACAGCUAAACUGCAGUUUAUGGAUAACUAAAAACAUUGUCCUAGAAAGUGUUUGGAUGUAGUCGUAUAUAAUGGGCAUAUCAAGUCAUUGAAAAGCCUUAAUUAGAAUUAAUUAUUUCAGUGUGCGUAAUGUUUGAGUAGUCUCUGCAAAUUUCAUGGGAUAGUUUUCAUGGAUAGUUUGACUCUUGGUUAGUAAAGGGUUCAGAUGAUUUUGGAACUGUUCACAUUUCCAUUAGGAAUUGCAAUAACUAUCUAAUCACGAGUACAAUUUACUGUGUUGAAUUAUUUGUAAACUUGUUUUAUAAUUUACAAAUUAUUUUAGUGAUUAGUGCAAAGCACUUUUAUUGCAAUGAAAGUAUUUUUACACGUUUUUACAUUUUUAGAUAAGCAAUCACUGCUUGUUAGAAUAAUAAAAAUGAAAUAUUAAACGUACACCGGUGUUUAUUAGUUUUAUUUAUUUUAUUACUCUUAUGGAUUAACACUUUAUUUUAAAAUAGUUUGUGCUUUGAUGUGAUCCAUUGCUUGUAUUUAGAAUUGUAGAGUAAUAUUUAUUUUUAAAUUGUUAAAACCUUGAAUGUUGAAACCGGUGCAGAAUGAUUGUGAUAAUCGUUUAGAAACUCAAUACUGAUUAUAUUAAUUAUUAAAUUAGUUGGUAUUGCACUUAUACUAUGUUACUACUUAAUGUUAUACAAUAAAAGUUACUUAACAAAUA